AUGAGCGACGGGCAGAUACUCAAUGUGUGGAAAGACAAUCUCCACGGGGAGAUGAGGAAGAUAUCCCAGCUAAUAGGCAGAUAUAACUACAUAAGCAUGGACACAGAGUUCCCGGGGGUUGUUGCCAAGCCGAUUGGAAGCUUCAAGUCGUCCUCCUCGUUUGCAUACCAACAGCUGAAGUGCAAUGUGGACAUACUGAAGAUCAUCCAGCUUGGGAUAUCUCUGAGCGACGAGCAGGGCAACCGGCCAUGCCCGAUAAGCACGUGGCAGUUCAACUUUGCAUUCAGCCUUGAAACGGACAUGUAUGCACAAGAGUCGAUUGACCUACUUAUCCAAGCAAGAAUAGACUUUAAGGAGCACGAAAGGAGAGGGAUCAAGGUGGAGGAGUUUGGGGAGGUUCUGAUGACGUCUGGGCUGGUGAUGUCUGAGGAUGUUGUAUGGGUCUCGUUCCACUCUGCCUAUGACUUUGGGUACCUCAUAAAGAUCCUGACGUGCAAUCCGCUUCCAGAGAGGGAAGAGGACUUCUACAGACUUCUUGCAGCACUGUUCCCCGACUUCUACGACAUAAAGUUCCUGGUCCAGAACAGCAAGUAUCUGAAGAAAGGCCUGCAGGAGAUAUCGAACGACCUUGGGCUUGUCCGUGAUGGGAUUCAGCACCAGGCAGGGAGUGAUGCCCUUCUGACAUCGCAUGCAUUCUUCAAGACCAGGGAGGUACUCUUCAAUAGAAGCAUCGGAAGGGACCUCAUGUGUAAGUUGUUUGGGAUUGAGAUCAAGGAUCCCUCCUUGUAA